GUCGCCAAACACCUUGUUGCUAGGAUACCGCACGCAGCACUAGGUUUCGUUAAAGUACACGCGAUACCUUAACAAAAGCUGAGUUAUCCGAGACGGUUACGUUUAUUUGAAUUCCUCAGGAUAUCUCAUUUCAGAAGCCAUGCCUCCACCAGAAACGAUGUAUUGUGCCCAGCAGAUCAACAUCCCGCCUGAGCUGCCAGAUAUCCUCAAACAGUUCACCAAAGCCGCCAUCCGAACACAGCCCCCCGACGUACUCCAGUGGGCGGCGGCGUAUUUCUCUGCACUUUCGAAGGGGGAGACUCUGCCUGUAAAAGAUAGACUUGAGAUGCCCGUAGCCACACAGAAGACCGAUACUGGACUCACCCCCGGUCUUCUGAAGAUUCUACACAAACAGCUCGGAUACAAAGAGACAGUCACGGAGAAUGAGGUGCGGCAGAGGUGGAGGGAUCUGUGCCUGCCGAGGGAACAGCUGGAUUCACUGCUGGAGCUCGGGGGCUUCACUCCUCACAUCAGCUGGAUGCGUUUACUGGCCCUCUGCUGCAGCGCUCUGGGCGGGACCAUCAUCAGUGCGCUGAAACACGCCUGCGAGAUCCUCACCGAGGACCCAGAGGGAGGUCCUGCCCGCAUUCCCUUUGAUACCUUUGCAGAUCUCUACGCCUACCUGGCCCAGCUGGAUGGCGAUAUCCCCCGGGACCAGAUCGACAGCUUUCUGCACAGCCUGCAGGAUCACGCGAAACGUCAGGGAGGGAUGGUGCAACCAACAAACUUCACUGGUCCUCAAAGCUGAGAAAACAAAGCCAACAACAAAGGUUACGUCACCAAGUCUUAAUUUCAUUUGUCCAUUUGGACACAUAAGACUAACAACAGUGACAUCUGAACUGUGCUGCUCUGGUUGGAACAGGCUGUAAGGUUUUUGCUCAGAUUUAUGUACUGUAUAUUCAUCUUUGAUUUGCAUUUUGAAAUAAAAAUAUUUAAUAAUC